AUGGCUACUAUCAAGUCCGCCGAGGAGAACGUCUCUUCUCCUGAUGUGGUCGGCGACAACUCUCCCGAUUGUGUCGCUCCACUCCCGCUCCACCAGAAGAAUAUCUUCUCGAGGAUCCGUCGGGACCCAUGGUUCCAGAUCAUCUUGAUAUCUUUUAUUGCAUUCUGUAAUCCGGGCAUGUACAAUGCCCUCACGGGUAUGGGUGGCUCAGGCCAGGUGGACAGCACAGUGUCUGCGAAUGCCAACGUGGCCACCCACGCCGCUACAGCCGGUGCGGCUCUGGUGGUGGUCGGAACUCUAUACAAGUAUCUGGGCCCGCGUCUGUCCCUUCUCAUCGGUGGUUGGACUUAUGCUCUGUACGCGGGGGCCCUUCUGAACUCCAUUCGAGUGAAGAAUGGUGGUCCCUUUGUGAUUGCCUCAGGCGCUCUGCUUGGUCUGGGGGCUGCCUUUUUCUGGGUUGCCCAGGGCACUAUUAUGGUGACUUAUACGAAUGAUCAGACACGCGGCCGUGCUAUCGGUGUCUUCUGGGUAAUCUUCAAUCUGGGUGGGACGAUUGGCUCCCUCGCUAGCUUUGGACUGAACUACCACUCGAAGUCUGGCACCGUGACCGACUCGACCUACAUUGCUUAUAUCGUCAUUAUGUUGUUUGGAUGGACGCUGUCUGUCUUGGUCUGCUCAACAGAGAGUCUAUCCGAGAAAUAUCAUGGUCAUCGCAUUGCCCAAGAAUCGAAAGCUCUCAACUUUGAGAACUUGAGGUCGACCGUGAUUCAGGUUCUUCGAAUCGUGUUUGAUUGGAGGAAUCUGUGCCUUUACCCAAUGUUUUACAACGCGAACGUCUUUUACUCUUACCAGCAGAACGACGUGAACGGUUUAACCUUCAACCUACGUACACGGUCCCUCAAUGGUGCACUUUACUGGAUUGCUCAGAUGGUCGGCGGGCUCCUGAUGGGACUUAUCCUUGACUUACACACCCUCAAUCGCCGGACACGUGCUAUAACCGGAUGGGCAAUUUUGUUAGUUACUGGAAUGGUGAUCUGGGGCGGUGGAUAUCAGUUCCAGGUAUGGGAUGAUAAACGCCUGGCGCUGGGUUUCAAACAGGAUAUCGACUACAAAGAUGGCAGUGUAUUCCUGGGCCCCAUGUUCCUGUACUUCUUCUAUGGGGCAUACGAUUCAUUCUGGCAGGCAUUCUGCUACUGGAUUAUGGGCGCUCGGUCGCGUGAUCCAGUGGUCAACGCUGUGGUCGUUGGAGCAUACUCUGCCUUGAAGCCUGCUGGUGGAGCCAUGGCUUGGAGAAUCAAUGCCGAGAAGGUCAGCCCGAUGAAGCAGUUUGCUAUGAACUGGGGCCUCAGUAUUGGUAGUCUUCUGGUGGCCAUUCCCACUGUGAUGACAAUCCGGAAGUCAGAUAAAGAGUUGGAGGACAAUACCUCGGAUAACCCAAUUGGAGACCCCGAGAAGAACUGA